AUGAGAAGAUAUCCUUUAGCCAAAGGAGCUAAUAUUGAAAAACUGGAUCUUAGUAGUUUAGGAUUACAAGGGGAUUUAAAAUUGGAGGGAUUUGUUAAUUUAAAAAGGUUAGAUUGUUCUGAUAAUGAAUUAGAAGAAGAAACCUUUUUUGGUAAAACUUUCAAAAUUAAGACUGGAAUUAGUGUUUUGGAUGUUAGUAAAAAUAGAAAUUUACUAGAAUUGCAUGCUAAUAAUG